AUGGGGGCUGCAGCUGCUGCUGCUACUGCAUCACUAGCAGCAGUCCCUGCUGCAACGGCAGUACAGCUUAUGGCCGCUGCAGCUACUGCAGCAGCAACAGCUGCAGCAAUAGAAGCAACUGCUGCUGCUGCUGCUGCACAGCUUCCGGCAGCAGCAAAAACUAUCUUUCAGAGUCCAACUAUAGGGAUGACCCAUUACAAAAUAUUUUCUGUUGCAGCUGCCAUGCUAGACAAUAAAGCAGCCGCACCUGCGAGCCAGCAGCAGCAGCAGCAGCAGCAGCAGCAGCAGCAGCAGCAAAUUGACCAAGUUCAUUUACACACUCGCAUGCGCACCGAACCAGGCAAUCCAGAAGCAAGAGACACGUGGAGCAGCAGCAGCAGGGAGACACGUGGAGCAGCAGCAGCAGGGAGACACGGGGAGCAGCAGCAGCAAGGUAGCGCGGGGAACAGCAGCAGCAGCAGAGAGACGCGGCAAGAAGCAGCAGCAGCGGGAGAAGGCGCAGCAGCAGCAGCAGGACACGGGCAGAGCAGCAGCAACAGGUUGGCAGGGGGAGCAGCAGCAGCAGCGAGGCGCGCCAAGAAGCAGCAGCAGCAGCAGCAGCCGCAGCAGCAGCAGCAGCAGCACGUACUGAGGAGCUUCCUGUUGAGGUGCUUGCGCAGCAGGGGAGAGCCCACGAAAAGGACCCAAACGCUGGAGCCAAAAAGGGCCCCGAAGCUGCAGUUCAAAAAGGCCCGCAGCCCCAGCAGCAGCAAAGGGUUGUUGUCAGUUUGCUGCAGCAGCGAGGGCGCCAGCGACAGCGCCGAGGGCGCGCACAGCAGCAGCGCAGCAGCGCCGCUGCCCGCAGCCACCAGCGGCAGCUUGCUCAGACACCCAGCCAUCCUCAGCAGCAGCAGCAGCAGCAGCAGCAGCAGCAGCGGGGGAGGCGGGGAGCAGCAGCGGGGGGCAAAAGGCGCUAAAAGCCCGGAAGGAAGCGAGAGAGGCGGGAGAACGGGUAGAGGCAGCAGCAGCAGCAGCAGCAGCAGCAGCACUGGGUCCGGCGGCAGCAGGGGCGUCAGGAGCAGCAAAACGGAAGCCCGGAAAGCCUGCUGCUGGUGUGUUGCAGCUUUUAUUGCUUAUUUCGUUAAUUUGGGAGUUUUGUUGCGAAAAAGAAAAGAAAAGAAACGGGAAACAGCAGAGCCCGGCAGCAGCAGCGCGCGCGAGCCCACCCAGUCUUUUCUUUUCUGCGCCUCUCCUUCUCUGGGGGCCUUGGCGCCUCGACACUGCCCCUGCAGCAGCAGCAGCAGCAGCAGGUGCAGCAGCAGCAGCAGCAGCAGCAGCUGGGCUGCAGCUGGGAAGCCCCUCCUCUCUCCAAAACAGCAAAUCAAAGGGCCCCCAGCUGCCUUCUUGUCCAGAUGGGGGGCCCCCCCACUGGGGCCCCCCAAAAGGGGGGCCCCCGGGGCCCCAGGGGCCCCCUGGGGCCCUCGGGGCCCUUGGUGGCCCCCCGGGCUGGCGGGUUUAGAGAUGAGCGAAAAGCACUACAAGCAGCAGCUGAUGGGCAAGAAGUUCACCUCCAAGGGGCGCUCUUCGGUGUCUAGACACUACAGACUCCGCGGCCGCCCGCGGCUGCGAAAGGCCUCCGGCCUUCCGUCGAAUCCGAUCAAGUUGCCGGCGCGAAGCAGGUGCAUGUUGUUGGGGAAAAUGGACAACCGGAAGGCUAAGCGGGUGAGCCGCUCGGGUGUACGUACACCGCGAGUGCAGCGGCUGAACCUUUGCUGGAAACGCCUCUGGUGGGAAGCAGCAAAACAUUAUGUGCUGCUGCGGCUCUCGGCGAAGGGCCUCAAAACCAUCAAGAAGUAUGGCCUCCAGCGAGCAGCAGACAAGUUCCGACUCAACCUCAGCGACAAGAGGCUCUUCGCCGGCUAUUCCCACAGAGGAAAGUACCGAAAUAUGGUACUGCCGGAGGCCUCAGGGGGCCCCCCAGGGGGGCCCCCUGCGAGUGUGUCUGCAGUUGGGGCCCCCGUAUGA